CUACGUUAAUACCUCCAUGGUAGGACUGAGGGCGGAAUCAUCAGUUUGUAAAAAAAAAGUAAAUAAAACACAGAGAAAAAAAAAACAUUCAUAUAGAACAUGGAAAACUAUGAAAAACUAAGAAUUGUUGGCCGCGGAGCCUUUGGCACUGUGCAUCUUUGUCGUCGCUUGACAGACAAGAAGCUUGUGAUUGUCAAGCAAAUUCCAGUUGAGCAGAUGACUAGAGAGGAACGACAAGCUGCAUUAAAUGAAGUAAAAGUGUUGUCAAUGCUAGACCAUCCCAACAUCAUUGAGUAUUAUGAAAACUACUUGGAGGGCACUGCAUUAAUGAUUGUCAUGGAGUAUGCAGAAGGAGGCACAUUGUGUGAAUAUUUGCAACAACAAGGCAAUACAUUACUGGAAGAACAUGAGAUACUUCAUUUCUUUGCACAGAUUUUAUUAUCACUCCACCACAUCCAUUCUAAGCAAAUUCUUCACCGGGAUCUAAAGACUCAAAAUAUAUUGCUCACGAAACAAAGAGACAUUGUAAAGAUUGGUGAUUUUGGUAUUUCAAAGAUACUUAAUACCAAAAGCAAAGCCCAGACUGUGGUUGGGACGCCUUGUUAUAUAUCACCAGAGCUAUGUGAAGGCAAACCUUAUAACCAAAAGAGUGAUAUAUGGGCUCUUGGCUGUGUACUGUAUGAGUUAGCAACCUUGAAACGUGCCUUUGAGGGACCUAAUUUACCAGCAUUAGUACUUAAAAUAAUGCGAGGCGCUGUUGCACCAGUGUCUGAUAAGUACAGCAAGGAUCUGCAUCAGCUUAUUCUUCGCAUGUUGCAUCUGACCCCUGAGAAGCGACCUACGAUCACCCAAGUGAUGGCAGAACCUAUCAUCAUUAAUUCACUUUUUAAUUUGCACUCGGAAAUUGGAAGAGUUAAGUGUGAGAAAAAACUUCCUCCUUUACCACCAUUGACCCCUCGUAUAAUUGAUGGAAGAUCGAACAGUAGGGCAUCACACAGGAGCAUGUCCAAAAAUGUUAUUUUGGAUGGAUCCGGGGGUCUUCCAAAACCCACAGCACUAUCCACUAUCUUCUGCUGGGGAAACAAUAUCAGUCCACCAAUAAAGCUACCUUUGCCCCACAAUGAUACGCAAGUCAUGCAAGUGUCAACAGGACGAAACCAGAGGGCGGCAGUUACCAAAAAUGGACGGCUCUUAUUGUGGGAGAGUCCUGUUGUUGGGGCUGAAAGCAUGUUGCCAGGAGCUAUGGACCCUGAAAUGCCGUCUUUUAUUCCUCGGUUCCUUGAGGGUCAGUCAGCAGUCACUAUUAAGCAUGUUUCAUGUGGUGAUUUAUUCACUGCUUGUUUAACAGAUCGUGGAAUUCUGAUGACUUAUGGCAGUGGUGCCCAUGGCUGUCUCGGGCAUGGUAACUACCACGAUGUCACACAAGCUAAAAUUGUUGAAGCAUUACUUGGUUAUGAGAUCAUCAUGGUGUCUUGUGGAGCAUCACAUGUCAUGGCAGUAACCAAUGAGCAUGAAGUAUUUGCUUGGGGCCGAGGUGACAAUGGUCGUCUGGGACUGGGAAAUGCAGACUCGACCUCUUCACCCCAACCUGUUCCUCUGGAGGAUUGUUACCAAGCAUCAUCAAUUCACUGUGGAGUUGACUGCUCAGCUUUGCUAACCACAAACAAACAACUCUUAGCUUGUGGCAGUAACAGGUUCAACAAGUUGCACCUUGAUACUGUAAGCUCUGAUGGCAACUGCACGCAGCAGGUUGAGGACGUGCAUGUGUUCACGCAAGCAGCCACGUAUCCUCUCAACCAAUUAGAAGUCAGACAUGUUGCAUUAGGUACAUCACAUGCAGCCGUCAUCACAGAUCAAGAUGAGUGUUACAUGUCGGGGUCAAAUCAAUUUGGUCAACUUGGAUUUAAGAGUGAAAAGGCAUCAACAAGACAGCCCCAUUUAUUGCAACUACCAGGCGACACGAGGAUUCACUUGAUAUCGUGUGGCGACAUGUUCACAACUGCUGUCAGUACAGAUGGUGAAGUGUUUUCUUGGGGAAAAGCAUCAAGAGGACGACUUGGUAGGAAAGAUGGUGACAACUUCACUCCUUCACCUCUCAAUUUACUAGAUGAUGAGAUAGAAGUGACCUCAAUAUCUAGUAGUCAUGGCAACACCCUUAUGGCUGCUAAAACUAAGUGACUUUAUACGAAGAUGGAGUACUCGUGAUAUUGUGCAAUAUUUUAGCCUUAAGCCAAAUAGCUGGUUUUGUUGUAUAAGGCUGUAUAUUUCAAAUACAUUGUUGUAAGAUGGAUUUGAUAAGAAAAUAUUUUUUUAUAUAUUUAAAAAGCAGAGAAAACUGUUACAAUUCCAAUAGACUGGCCUCUUCAUGCUUAAGUCAAUGAAUAAAUCAUGUUAGGAGUAAGCUACACAAAGUGUUUGUGUCAAUAUUGUGUCAUAAUUUUAAGAAAAUAUCUCUGUACACACAAACAGCAAACAUGCAUAACAGUAAUUACCACAGUAUCACAAACAUACGAAUACGAAUGCAUAGCUGGAAGUUGGGAGGUGUUUGUGGCUUUUGGGUUGGAUUGGAUUUAUUUGGUGUAAACAACAAGGAUAACCCACGAAUGUCAGAAGACUCAUUGGUAGAUAUGUGAACCAUAAAUUACAGACACCAAACUACUGCUUUAUUAAUUAUUGUAUACUUUAUUCCAUUGUCAUACAUUUAUAUUAAGAAAUACCUAAUAUGGAUAUUAUAUUAAACUAUUCUUACUAUUCCUAAUUCUUUGAAAUUGUAUCCACAACCUUGUACUAUCAAAGUAUUACAAUACUUCCCCCUAUAAUUCACCAAUUUCAAAAUGUUAAUGUGAUUAUAAUAU